AUGCGACAGACCUUUGUUAUAAUUGCUCUUUUCCUAGCAGGGUUUGCUGCUUGUCAAGGCGCAGCUGGGUCCUCUGAGGAAGAGAUGCCAGGAAGCUAUCCAGAAAGCCCUCCAGGAAGCCCUAAACCAGGUCAUAAAGCCGACGUCGACAAAUCCCAACCCCCACUUUCUCGGAAGGCAUUACUGGAAAAGAGAUGUCGUAAGAUCAGCGCGCGUGAUCUGCCUCGUUACGAUGACGCAGGGAGUGUAUACGUUUAUCUGGAUGUUAUCUGCACUAAUGACCCGAAAAACGAUCCGGACCAUAAUAAGGGCGCUUUAUGGAGGAGCCGAGAUAAACCAAUAGAGCAGAUCUCGAGCGUCAAUCUGGACUGGUUCCUUGGUUGGGAUAAGACGAAAGGAGGGCCUCUCACAGGGAAUGAGUAUGUACAUUUCUUAGGUUCCGUGUUGGAAAUCCUCCCAAAUGGCCGCAUCGGGUUCGAUACGCGGGACUUCCGUGCAAGGUAG